AUGGUCUUUUCUAGAAUGAAACAUGAGCGUCCCUAUCGUGUGAAGAAGGCAUGCAGUGUUUGUCGGCGACCUGGGCAUAACAAGAAGACAUGUCCUACUCUUAUUGGUCCCAUGGAGCCGGUGAUUCGUCCAGGCCCAGUUGAUCCAUCUGUUCUACGCUUGCAGACUUCCCAUAGGAGCCACGAUGUUUGGAGUGGCGUAGCUGAUAGAGUUCUCUCAGUUAGGGAGCAUAUGGUCAGCGUGGGACGUGAGUGGAGGGUAGAUGGCGGAGUACUAGAGUACGUUAGGCUUGCUGGGUUUUACGGUGUACAUAGGAUUUUGGGAGGAGGGUUUUUGCUUGAUCGAUCUGUUCUUACGGCGUUGGUUGAGAGGUGGAGGCAGGAGACACAUACUUUCCACCUAGUGGUAGGUGAGGCCACCAUUACUUUACAGGAUGUCUCCGUCCUGUUAGGUCUGAGAGUGCACGGCCCUCCUGUCAUUGGACCUCCAUUUGAGGGAUGGCAUGACCUAGUUGAGGAGUUGCUGGGAGUUUGA